AUGUUGAAGGGGACCAAUGGACAAAGGCGGAAGGUUCUUAGAACCAAGCGCCAUCGUGGCCGUGAUUUGGUCCCGCACGACUGGGACGGCAAUCGCUCCAACGUCACUCACAAGAAAGGCCGCCGCGACGAGGUUGGCGACGAGGAACAUCAGACCGGCGCUCGAAAACUGCCAGCGGGCUUGGAAGGCGAAUAUAUACAGGAAGACGAGCAGCAGCAAGAAGCGGCAGUCAGCCCCGUUGACGAUGUUGAUGACAGAGUCUCCAUGGUCCAGAGGCUUUGCACGGGCAUUGAUAGACAGCUACACGCUCUCAAUGAAAACCCGAGCAACCCAGAGUCGACGCUCUUAACCGCGUUGUCGAACGCGGCAACGACGGCUGUGAGGCAAUCUUUGGUGGAUUCAUCGGCGAAGAAACUCAAACAGGAAAUUUCCCAGUGCAAGCAGCUCCUGGUGAGGAAGAAACAUAAUUUCGACGAGCUCUAUAGGAGCAGCCAACAACAGCAACGAGAGCAAGCGGAUGCCCUUCGGCGUGAGCAGAUCCAGGUUACUGGGCUCUCUAAGCAACUUCACGACGAGCGGAUUAAGCUUGCGAAGGUCUCUGCUAGUUUACAGGCUGAGCAGAACAAGUGCGCUGAGGUUCAAGCACAGCUUGAAAAAGCGAGGCACGAAGUUUUCAAGCGGGACGAUGCUUCUACUAUCUCUUUUCGACUCCAGCUUCUAAGGACCGAUAGUCGACAACUCUCUGAACAAAUUGAACAUGGGAAGAACGAGCUCGCCGAGGUCUCUUGCAGCCUCCAGGCUGAGCGGGUUAUGUGCAGUGAGCUCUCUGACGCACUUCGAGAAGAGAAGGAGAAGUGUUCCAAUCUUUCGAGGGAUCUCGCAGCGGAGCGGAGAGAGAAUGCCGAAGACGCGGAGUGGCAUAUCAAUACCCUCAGGGACAACUUGAGCAAGAUCAACUUCAAGCGGAGCCAUCCCAAGGAAAGCGAUUCGUACUCCAAGUUAGACAUUAUCAGCACUAUCUCCAUGCCUCUACUGACGCAAACGGGCACCAACUUGCUCGAUUUCUUCUUGCGUUACAGUCGACCAGACGUCAUCUACUGCUUCACUCAUGCGAUCUAUAGGGUUGACGAAGAUGACGAUGGAGAGUCGCCCGCUUUCAGAUAUGGGCAGUGCCCUCUUCAUCUCGCGAAUGAGAGGAUUAAUGACUGCAUGCCUGUUUUGCGUCAGGAAGAUCCUGUCGAGGGCAAGAGCUUCGUCUUUGUCAGACUUGACGUCGCAAUCGAAAUGACGGGGGUUGUAUGA